GGAUAAUGGAAGGGAAGGUAACGCCUAGAACAAGAAUGUUUGAGAAAGGGUUCGGAAUGGUAGAGACCAAAGGUGCAGGUGAAGAUAGAGAUGAAGGGAAUGUGCCACAAGAGUGAAAAUGAACUAGGUAUCAUAUCGAUGAGUACGAUGAAUACUAUGCAAACUAUCUCAGGAUGAUCAAAUAAAGAGCAGAGACAAACAAAGAAGAUAAAUAGACUUGAAAAGGAAAUAAUAAUGCUGAAAUCAAUCAUUCAAAAUUAUAAAGAGUCAGAUAGAUUAAAUUUUAAGAAAUAUCUCAGCAAAUAGCAAGAAUAAAAAACCUCAAAGGAUAUCAAAGCAGCUAGAUGAGGGCAUCUAUGAAUCUAAUAAAUAUGAAGAACGAGGAAAUAAAAGGAGAGGUACUAAAGUUAAAGAGCUUGAUAUUGGAGUUGAAAUGAAUAAUCAAGACACUUCAUUCAGUGAGAGCUCCGAAGAAUCUCUCUGUUCAAUCAUAAAGCAGAAGACCAAGAGUCAAUUCACACAAACUUAUAGCGCUAAAAGGCGUAAGACGUUUAUAGCUUCUGUUCCUGAAGCUGCUAGCUCUACAGAGUCAGAUCAUAUCGGCCUUUCCAUAAAAAUUCCAGAAAUUCCUGAAGAGGACCCUUUAGAUCAGAUGACUAGGGAUAAAUAUACUAGAAAACUCGAAACCCUUGGUCUUAACUUGAAGGGCAAAGAGAACAUCCUCACCGAUCAUAUCGAUUCGAUGGAUGUGGUCAAAUUCAGGACAAAAUAUGGUAAAAAGAGGGCCAAUUCCUUUGACGGAAAGAACAUGGACAAAAACUCUGAAACCGAGAAAGAUGACGCCUUACUUAAAGUCAUAGAAAAUAACUUUAAACUUUCUGAAGAAAUUGAAGAACUCAAGCAGUAUAGUAAGGAAAAUGAGGAGCUGAAAGAACAGCUUUCAAAGGCAAUUCCAAUUCAGCAGCAGAAGGAGUUGAUCUUAGAGAAAGAUUCUAAGAUCAAUUCUCUCUCAUUGACUCUUGAGAAACGAGAGGAAAUGUACAGUAAGCUAAUGAACGAAUUUGAGUUCCUCAAACGCCGUAUAAAUGAAACCAAUGCUAGUGAUAAAGCCAUGCAGGACAUCAUCAACGAGAAGGAAGAAGAACUGGAGAAGAUCAAUUAUAUGAACGCAGAGUACCGUUCACAGCUGAUAGAGCUAAAGAUCUCUAUGAGCAAAGCCAAAGAUGCUAAUCAGCAGAGCGCCCAAGAGGAGUAUGAGGUAGUGGUUGGUAAUGUAGAAUACCAACUAGAAGAAGCAAGACAGCAGAUAUCUAAUCUGAGUGCUAAAAUUAAAGAGAAAGAUAGUAUUAUAGAGACACUUUUGUCACAAGCGGAGUAUUACAAGAACAAAUACGACAAAGAUAAUGGCAAUAAGAAAUAAAAUUUUCGUUACAAUUUCAACACCUCCCUUAAA